AUGGCAAAGGGGUCCGAGGCAGAGGGUGCUAAGCGUAAACAGCGAUUGAAGCGUCCUGGUCGAUUGUAUGUCAAAGCAACCUUCACAGGUUAUCGCAGGGGACUGCGAAAUCAGCAUGAAAACACAGCUCUACUACGUGUCGAUGGGGUAACUGAGAGAAAAUCAACGGAGUUCUACCUCGGUAAACGAUGUGUAUACGUGUAUCGUGCUCAGAAGAAAAAAUCAUUCCCAAGACGGCAGAAACCUACUAAAAUCCGAGUGAUUUGGGGAAAGAUCAUGCGUCCUCACGGCAACAGUGGGGCUGUUAGAGCUCGCUUUAAACACAAUUUACCUGCAUCUGCAAUGGGCAAACGUAUUCGUGUUAUGUUAUACCCUUCACGCGUUUGA